UGCAGGCCUCAUUUCAAGUUGCAGAUGCUCUGAACCAACCAUUUCCUGAUGGGGAAUUUGAUCUGGUAUGGUCCAUGGAGAGUGGAGAGCACAUGCCUGACAAAGCCAAGUUUGUGAAUGAGAUGGUUCGAGUUGCUGCACCAUGAGCAACAAUAAUAAUGGUCACAUGGUGCCAUAGGGAUCUUGGUGCUUCUGAAACAACCUUGAAGCCAGAUGAGAAACGCCUCCUGGACAGGAUAUGUAGUUCUUUCUAUCUGCCAGCCUGGUGUUCCGCUGUUGAUUAUCUCAAAUUACUCGAGUCCCAUUCGCUCGAGGACAUCAAGGUAGAAGAUUGGUCCCCGUAUGUUACCCCAUUUUGGCCUGCAGUUAUCCGCUCGGCAUUGACAUGGAAGGGUUUUACAUCGCUGUUGCGCACCGGAAUAAAAACAAUCAGAGGAGCAUUGGUAAUGCCACUAAUGAUCCAAGGAUUCAAGAAGGAUCUAAUCAAGUAUGCAGUGAUUACGUGCCGAAAGCCGGAAUAAACGCUGCCAAAUGAAGGGGGUUUCGGCGCUGUGAUGGCCAGAAACAGAAUCAAAGGCUGCAUCUAGUUCCUCCCCAAUAAAUUUAGCGAUCAUACUUUAAAUAUUUGUGCUCUUCUGGAAAGGCUUUAGACUUUGAAGCCUUUUGAAACAACCUUGUGAAGUGCUUGGAGUGUGUAUAGCGUGUUUGGUGCGUGUGUGGAGUGUGGUUGUUGUGUGCAGGAAGAGGUUGCAGUAUGGCUAGUUUGUGUUGGAAUGAGUUAAUUAUGUGA